AAUCAGCAGAGCCAAAGUCGGCUGAGGUCCUUCUUCUAGAAGUCCAGUUGGCAAGGAACAGCGGAAGACCACAGAUCUAGCAAGGCAGCUGCUCAAAAGGUGGAAGAGGGACUGGGGGCUUUUGUGAAUAGAGGAGCUGUAGAGAGGGCUAGCUGAGAAGCAGGAAACGCAGAGUGCAGACCCCGCGAUUCGCCGCUGCUCCAUUGCACCAUGGCGUCCUCGGCGUUGGCCAGCAGAGCGGCAUUGGGCUCCGCGCUCGCCUUGGGCGGCUGCAGCAUAGCUUAUCAUCCUUCAAACACUCAGGUGGCUCUGCCUGCCAGGCGGACUACUAGAUUUGGCUCUUCUGGGAGCAGCCUUUUGGCUGUGAAAACCAGCAGUGCUUUCUUGGAUGGUGGGGCUUCGUCGCAGGCGCUGGCUAUUCCGGCUAGGGGGGUACAAGGAGAGCAUGGGAGCAGGGGUGGGGCGCUAGUAGUGGAGGCGAAUCUGUUCGGCAGGAUUGUCAGGAUUGUCAAGUCGUAUGCCAAUGCUGUUGUGAGCUCAGCGGAGGACCCUGAGAAGCUGUUGGACCAGACUGUGAUUGAGAUGGGGGAGGACCUUGCGAAGAUGAGGCAAGCAUCGGCACAGGUGCUGGCGUCCCAGAAGCAACUAGAGCAGCGGUACAAGCAGGCGCAGAGCAACGCCGACGAUUGGCUGCGACGCGCAAAGUUGGCGCUGCAAAAGGGGCAAGAGGAGCUUGCAAAGGAGGCGCUGAAGAAGAAGAAGGAUUACGAGGAGAAUGCGAACGCGCUGAAAGCGCAGCUCGAUGCGCAGAAGGGCGUGGUGGAUAAGCUGAUCUCCAACACGCGGCUGCUGGAGAGCAAGAUCAGCGAGGCCAAGAGCAAGAAGGACACGCUCAAGGCGCGCGCACAGAGUGCCAAGACGAGCCAGAAGGUGCAGGAAAUGCUGGGCAACGUCAACACGAGCAGCGCGAUGGCCGCAUUCGAGAAGAUGGAGGAGAAGGUGAUGGCGCUGGAGGCGGAGUCAGACGCGGUCGCGCAGCUCGGGACUGACGACCUGAGCGCCAAAUUCGCGCUGCUCGAGAGCUCAGAUGUGGACACAGACCUGGAAGCGUUGAAGCGGGAGAUGUCGGGGCUGGGGACGACGCAAACACGGGGGGCCCUCCCUGGGGGCCAAAGUACGCCCGGGAAGACGUCGGUUAAGGAUCUUGAGAUAGAGGCGGAGCUGAACGAGCUCCGGAAGAAGGCGAGCGACCUAUAGCGGGGCACGGGGGUGCGUGAUGAUUGACGAUAAUAAAGUGUCCAACUUGAGAGUGUCAGGCUUGACCACAGAGUGUAUAUUGAUCAAAUUGUGAGGCCAAACUCCUCUUAUGGUUGGCAGCGUGUUGCGUAUGCUAAGAUUGAGCCUCCUUUGGAUUGUUUAUCCAGCGCCUCUGACUCUGUGAGUGUCGAUGAUUGGAGUCACAAUUGCGAAGGCCCAGUGUAAACUGCAAAUUUAUGCAUAGGCACAACCACCUGGUCCAUGGGCAUCAUGUCUGCGCACUGUUCCGUGC